AUGGAUUUCAUUCAUAAAGAUUUACCAGAAUUGACAACAAUAAUUAAAAGUGAUACAGAAUCUUAUUUGAAUAAAAUCAAAAUUGAAAAUGUUAGAUAUCUUGAUAUUAAUCGAUUUCUAUCAAAAUUAAGUAGUGAUGCUGAUAAAAUGGACAAUGAUAAUGAAAAACAUUUAGAAGCAACGCUAUCAUUCGAUCGAAUUCAUAUAAUGAACUACUUCUUUUUUAUUGAUCAAUCAAAAGAAAAACAAAUGAAAUGA